CACACUUCCCAUUAUUUUGCGCAGUGCAUUUACAAUAUUUUUUUUACUCCGGGAAUUUACGGAAAUGUUUGUUUGAAAUUGAAAUUCCAAUAUAGAUAAAUAGAAUUAUAGGAAACAAUAUGAAUUUAUCGCCAGAUACACGUUUAGCACCGCCGCAAGGCUUAAGAAAUGGCUGUGGUCCGCACACUUCUCCCACGAAAAGCUUUGGUGGUAAUAACUCUGCAACCGGCAAAUCAAUUGGUGCAAAAAACAAUACAAAACCCUAUAGCAACAGGAACAACAACAAUAAUUAUGCAUUUCAUGUUGAUCACAGCCAAAUGCAGCAGCAGCAUGACCACCACAACACCCAAAUACAAGAGAUGUUUGAAAAAUGUUUUCUAUAUCAGAAAUAUGCAACAGCAAACGACUGGUGUCUACCAUCAGCCCAAGAGCUCUUCAAGGAAUAUUAUCAAUUGGAAUCUUUACAAGAGUUAAAAAUCAAAUUGAAUCUAGUGAAGAGCAAACUGAAUGAUUAUGUUAUUGAGGAUUGGUCAUUGCAUACACGACGUCAGGAUCCUGCUGGCGAGAUACCUUGGCGUUUAAAAACGGAAACAAAUGCUGAAUUUGUAACAAUUGCCUGGUGUAAAAUGUAUGAAUGUUUGGGAAGAUUUCCGGAAUUGGUUAAGGGGCCACAGGUAAAUUCGUUGCAUUUGUGUGAAGCUCCCGGAGCGUUUAUAACAGCCUUGAAUCAUUAUUUGUAUACGAAUUACGAUAAGAAUGAGGUGCAAUGGAAAUGGUUAGCGACCACCUUAAAUCCUUACUAUGAAGGUAAUCCUCUCAAUCGCAUGAUUAUGGAUGAUCGUUUUCUUCUAUAUACACUCGAUAAUUGGCUAUUUCACAAGGAUUUCACUGGCAACAUAAUCGAUACGGAUAACUUGCAGCAUAUGCAGCAAGAAUGUGCAAAACGUUUAGGUGAUGUCCACCUUAUAACGGCUGAUGGUUCUGUCGAUUGUAUAGAGUCUCCAGAUUGUCAAGAGGAAAAAGUAGCUCUAUUACAUUAUGCCGAAAUAAUUACCGCCUUAACGAUACUGGCUGAGGGUGGUUCGUUCGUCAUUAAAAUGUUUACCCUGUACGAAGCAUCAUCGGUUAGUAAACUAUUCUUAUUGAAUUGUGCCUUUGAAAAAGUACAUGUAUUUAAGCCUUGUACCUCUAAGCGUGGCAAUUCCGAGGUCUAUGUUAUUUGUUUAAAUUAUAAGAAGGAAGCAAAACAUUUGCCUGAAAUUAUAGAGAAAAUGAAAUUGAAAUUGACACCUCAAAAUGCCUUACUAUGGCCAUUGUUUUCUAAAUCUGCUCUACCACUGGAUUUUCUAAGACAACAUGAAAUAUGCUGUCGCAUAUUUAUGAAUCAUCAGAUUAAUGCCAUAGAGCAGAACAUUUACAGUUAUGAGAUACGACCACAUAAAAUGAUUGUCAAACGUUUACAAAAUCUAAGAACAGCCACUUGCAAUGAGUUCUAUCAACGUUAUAAUAUACAAAAACUUCCCGAUGAAUUGAAAAUUCUUUAUAAAUAUCAAAAGUAUAUUGAGAAAAGUUAUAAAAAUCAAAUCUAUAAAGGCUCACACUCCGAAAGGGAAAUGUUUAAGGAAACCUCAAAGGAAGAGCAUAUUUUUAAAUUUCGUAAACAUUUAAAUGAGCUGGAGAAAAUGUUAAAAGAACAUUUGAAUUCUAAUGAAAUAAAAUAUAAAUUUGAACAAUUCGAGGAGAUGGAAGAAUCUCAAGUUAAGUUAUCGCUCUACCGGGGACAGGGUGUAAGGGUAUUAAAUAGCAGUCUUUUUGCCAAUGUUCAUUUAUUGAUAAUGCGCUCAAAACUAAAUGAUUUAUAUAGUGAGACUUCAUGUGAUAGUUUGUGGUUGCAAGAGCCGCGCGCAACUUAUAUUUGUGAUGAAACAGUGGUAGCAAUCAAUUUUAAUGAUUUUGCCAACACUAGUGGCAAUUUUGCCCUACAACAGGAACAAUUUUUCAAAAAACUCAUCUCCUCACUAUUGGAAGCAAAACCCAAUGAAAUAAAAUUCAUAAAUAUGCCAUUUUUAACCCAUUACGCCGUCUCCAUUUUACGCUAUUUAUCAACUUUAUCAUAUAAACAUUUGUCAUUUGCAUUUGAGACAGAUUUUGAAAUUUCACUGUCAUCUAGCUGUGGUGAUUUUACCAAUAGUUUGGAAGAACUAAAAGUGGCCUUGUCCAGUAGUUUAGAUCAAGAUAUUUUAUGUUUUAUAAACAUAUUACAAUUGCAUCGCAAUGAUUUUAAUAAAACAUUGUGUGCUUUCAAUAAUAUGUUGUUAUUGAAAAACUUUAAAUAUUUGUUACACAAUUAAAUUGAGGAAUUUUUUCAUAUUUUAAAAAUCUCCUUAAUGAUGAUUGAUUGUGAAGCGAAGUAUUAGAAAUAAAUUACUAAGAAAUAAUAGUACAUUUUUUAUUACAUUGUAUGUAUUCAAUAUCUAAACCAAUUUAAUGUAUGGAUUAUAAAUCUUUAAGAAAAAUAAACAUGAAUUUUUUUAAAU